AUGGGAGCGACGGCGCCCGUCGCUGCGUCUGACGAUGAGUCAAAUGCUCAUGGAACGCCGGUGCCUAGGCCAUGGCUGAGUGUCGACGGCGAAAAGUCAUCAAUGAUCUCCCCCAGCACAACGGAAAACCCCACGGGCAGCCUUAGUGAUGACACUACCGUGGCAAUUGCGUCCAAGGACGAGGAGGGCACUCAAGAAGGGCCGCUGACUUCAUUUUUCCGCGUCUUGUACGAGUUCUCAUCUCCCUCCGAUCAUGCCCUACGGAUCGUUGGUCUCUGCGCCGCAAUCGCUUCGGGCGCUGCACUUCCCUGUAUGACGCUCGUUUUCGGCUCGUCCGUCAACGAGUUCAAUUCGUUCGGCGCCGGUAAACAAUCGGCUAGCGCCUUCUACCAUGCUCUAUCCCAGAAUGCGCUGUGGUUUGUCUACCUGUUUAUCGGCCGCUACGUACUUGUCUACAUACAUUCCUCAUGCUUUGGUAUUUCGGGUAUAAGGGCCACCAGAGUUUUUCGCCAGCAAUUCAUCAAGUCUGUGAUCCGACAGGAUAUUGCCUACAUUGAUUCGUGCUCACUCGGAGGCAUUACUACCACUAUCUCUUCCAAUGUGGAUAUGGUCGAAAACGGAAUUACGGAGAAGAUAGGCAGCUUGAUUCAAGCUGUCUCGAUGUUGACCGCUGGCUUUGUGGUUGCCUUCACCCAGCAAUGGAAGCUGACCCUGGUGACGGCUACUACUCUGCCCGUUCUCUUCGCUGGAUUCUACAUAACCUUCAGUUUAGAUUCGAAAAUUGAGGGCAAGAUUCUCGAAGUCUACAAUUCCGCCAGCGGACUGGCCGAGGAGGCCAUGAGCAGCAUGCGUAUGGUCACGGCACUCAAUAUCGGGAAAAGACUGGCCCAAAAGUACGACAUUACUCUUGCAGAGGCCCAGAAGCUUGGCCUUACAAAAGGUCCCGUUAUUGGAUUUCAAUAUAGUGUUGAAAUGUUCACCACUUACUGCGCAUAUGCCCUGGCUUGGUAUUACGGUACUAAACUCCUCAAUGAGGGCGAAAUUGGCUCCGGCGGUGGCAUGAUAACGGUUCUCUUAUCGGUUCUUCUCGCAACCCAAGCCGCUUCCGAUGUCGCACCAGGUUUCAGCGGGUUCACUCGGGCUUCCGCCUCGGCAAAAGAAAUGUUCAAGAUGAUUGAUCGCCCAUCCAAAAUUGACCCGCUUGCGGAGGGAGGAUACAAACCAGAGGGACCUCAAGAGAGCAACGUUGAGCUGCGUAAUGUCACGUUUGCCUAUCCGUCACGGCCAACCGUACCCGUCCUCAAAGACUUCAGCAUCAGCUUCAAGUCUGGUAAAACUACAGCUCUGGUUGGUUCAUCUGGCUCCGGAAAAAGUACCAUUGUUGGCUUGAUUGAGCGCUGGUUUGACCCGGAGUUGGGGUCAGUACAUGUUGGUGGCCAUGCUGUCACUGAUCUGAACGUGAAAUGGCUUCGAAGCCAGAUUGGCCUGGUACAGCAAGAGCCUGUUCUCUUCAGCGACUCUAUCUAUAACAAUGUGGUUCAUGGCCUCUACGGUACCAGUAUGGACUUAUUGCCUGAAGCUGAGAAAAGAAAACUGGUUCGCGAAGCCUGCAUCCAAGCCUUUGCCGAUGAGUUUAUCCAGGCACUUCCUGAGAAAUAUGAUACCCUCGUUGGUGAGCGCGGCCAGCUCCUCAGCGGUGGUCAGAAGCAGCGCAUCGCAAUUGCUCGCGCCGUCAUCUCCAACCCGCGUAUUCUGCUUUUGGAUGAGGCGACUUCAGCUCUCGAUCCUACUGCAGAGAAGAAGGUCCAAGACGCUCUGGAUAAUGUGUCUAAAUCUCGCACGACUAUUCUAAUUGCCCACAAACUUUCUACUGUACAGAAAGCCGAGAACAUCGUCGUUCUCUCGCAUGGCAAGGUUGUUGAGCAAGGAACCCAUCAAGAGCUUCUGGCGAUCAAGGGCUCAUACCGUAAACUCGUUCACUCGCAGGCACUAGACGCCAGCGACGAAGCCGCAUGCACAUCGAAAGAAUCUCCGGAGCAUGAAUGCGCUGUUGAUGACGAAGCUAAGACAGACAAAAGGCCCUCGGUAAAUCGGCCAUCUAGCCCAUUAUCAAGGUCUGGCACAAAUACUGUGGCAGAAUCUCUGGUCAAUGAUCAGCCAACCGUCGAGAAAGAGGAACAGUCUGAAGAUGAUGAUAUUGUGAAGCGGCUGUCGCUGGCUCGCUGCAUUGCUAUCGUUCUUUUCCAAGAUCAGCGUCAUCUAUGGGUUCUCUUCCUAGCUGGUCUGAUAUCAUCCGCUGGUAGCGGUGGCGCCUUUCCUGCACAGGCUGUUCUCUUCGGUGAGAGCAUUUCCACACUACAGCUCCCUCGUGGCCAGGACCUCGUUCACAGAGGUAGUUUCUGGGCGCUCAUGUAUUUCGUUUUCGGUCUUGGCGUCUUGGUAGUCUACUGGGGUGUUGGCUUUUGGUGGACGAUUGCCUCGUUCCGCGCAACCCGUCAGUAUCGGCGUGAAUAUUUUGAGUCGAUGAUGCAUCAAGACAUUGCAUUUUUCGACAGGAAAGGUCACAGCGCCGCCGAAAUGACGAGUCGCUUGUCUUUGCACCCUCUACAUCUGCAGUUACUGCUGUCCACCAAUCUUGCUCUGAUUUUGCUCGUCUUUUUCAACGUCCUCGGAUGCUGCAUUUUGUCUUUAGCAGUUGGCUGGGAGCUCGCACUCCCUGUCAUGGCCGUGGGAGUCCCUCUUUUGUUCGGAGCGGGCUACUUUAGAAUGCGCAUGGAGAUGAGCAACCAGGAUCGCGUAACUGCGAUUUACCAGGAAGCAGCCCGCUUUGCUUCUGAAGCGGUGGGAGCCAUUCGGACCGUGUCGAGUCUGGGCCUUGAGCACAAAGUCAUGGAUGGAUACGAGCAAAAGCUGGGCGAAUCAGCAAAACUUGAGAUGCGACACAAACUUCUUAGCAUGCUCCUCUUCGCUUUUAGUGAAAGUAUCAGUCUCGCUGUCUCCGCUUUCUCAUUCUGGUAUGGAGGAAAGCUUUUGUCUGAGAACAAGUAUAGCGUCGCCACAUUCUUUAUAGUCUUCAUUGCCAUCAGUAUGGGAAUGCAAACUGCUGGUUUUAUGUUCGGAUUCACCUCUGAUCUCUCCAAGGCGCAUACAUCCACCAACCAUAUUAUCGACCUUCGCCGGUCUCAGCCACUUAUCAACGGGUCGACUGGUGAUAACCAAGCGCCUGUUUCAGAGAAAGGGAUUGCGAUUGAGUUCAGGAACGUGUCGUUCUCUUAUCAUACUCGCCCGGACGUCCCGGUGCUUCGCAAUCUCAACUUGAAAGUCAACAAAGGCGAGUCUGUUGGUAUUGUCGGUGCAUCAGGGUGUGGUAAAAGCACUAUUAUCGCUCUUCUGGAGCGUUUCUACGACGUCGAGCAGGGUGAAAUUUUGAUUGGUGGCGCUCCGAUGCGCCAGCUAGAUGUGCAUUGUCACCGCUCACGCUUGGGCCUGGUAACCCAGGAUACCAUAUUGUAUCAAGGCUCAAUCCGUGAAAAUGUCUUGCUAGGCCAAGUAUCAGGCCCAGCCGUCGAUGAUUAUCCACAGCCAGAAACGCAAGUCGAGGAGGCAAUUAUUCGUGCCUGCAAGUUAGCUAACAUUCACGACUUCAUCAUGAGUCUUCCAGAGGGAUAUCACACCAACCUUGGAAACCAUGGCAUGUCGCUCAGUGGCGGUCAGCGCCAGCGUCUUGCCAUUGCACGAGCUCUGAUUCGGGAGCCAGAUAUCUUACUCUUUGACGAAGCUACCAGCGCCCUUGACUCAGAAAGCGAGGCUCUGGUUCAACAGGCCUUCGAAGCUAUAACGCGCAAGAACGAUUCGCGAACUGUCAUCUCAGUGGCCCAUCGCUUAUCAACCAUCAAGAAAUGUGACCGCAUCUUUGUGCUCCAUGGUGGACAGGUAGUGGAGGAGGGAACCCAUGAUGAUUUGGUGGCGCGUCGUGGCCGCUACUAUGAGAUGGUUUUGGCGCAGACCCUAGACACAGAGUCUGCUUAG